AUGGAUAAGUGUUGGUUCGUUCUUUCCCAAACACAUUUGCCCCCUCCUCGAGAAGCCGACGAAGAUGGCGCGUUCAAACAAACAGGACCCCUCUGCCUGGGCCAUUUCAUCAAGGACCUCAAACACCUCGACCAUGUGAUCAACACAAGCCCGGAGCCGUUCCCGCUUGAUAUGCCUGUCUAUCGCACGGGCCCGAUCGAGUUUGAAUGGGAUUCGAAUAGAGAAUUCGGUUUUGAUGUUUCUGUGGGAGCCGAUGUGCCUUCCAUACCGGGCAUCAACGCCAAGGCGUCGGUUGGUUUGGCUCUCAAGAAAUCGCUCGGCACCUCUUGGCAGAUUGAACAGCUCGAGACUCUCACCGUUGAUCCCACGAGGGCAUACAUCAAUCGAUGCUUAGCGGACGAGCAGAUUGUUGAAUUCUUGGAGGACAACAAGUUCGGCCCAACAUGGAAAAUAUUCAUCGUCACUGGACUCAAGAUUGUCCGUGGCAACUCUACCCAGAAAAUCUCUCACGGAAGAGAAAGAGGUGUAAAUGGAGGCCCAGGAGUUGGAGUCGCUGGUAUCGCCGAACUGUCGGUUCAAGGUGGUUUCUCUUCAGCAACUUCUACUUCAACUUCUGCAAAGAACACUCACGACUUUGUCUGGGCAGUGAGGCUUUCAAAGAUCACAAAGGGUGUUUUUGACAAAAAGUGGUCGAGGAAGACCUACUCCAAAGGCGCAACAUUCGACAUGAAGGAAACCGAUACCCAUGCACACAUCGAGAGCAUUCUCUUGGAUGAGGGCUUGGCAGACAGUGAGGUGUUCAUGAUAGACAAUGAUGACGACGGAGCCGGCCUGGGGAACAUUGUCAUUCCAGCCCAGUGA